GUCAGAUGAUAUUCAUUUUUUCUGUGGGAUCAUCUGCAUUCCCUCGAGGAGUGUGUGUUCAGACAUUCUCACGGUUUGUAUCUGAGCAAAUCUGAGAUUAUAUCUGAAGGAAUGACAUUUGGAUCUUGGUGAGUUCUUUUUUUUUUUUUCUUUUUUACGCAAUAGAAUUUAGAAUUACUGAAGUAUUUCAAAAACACAUUUGUUCUUCCAUUCCAGAUGAUGUUUCUUUGUAAUCAGUGCAUGCAUAAAAACCAAGGAAACUUCCUGCUAACUCACAGCAGAUGCAAGAGCAGCUCUGAAGCUGUAUGAGAAGAAGGAUUUCUACAUUGUGAUUUUAUCUCUGAUUCAUCAUGAGAUUGUUACUGGUUUCACAUCUGCUGGUGCUCUUAUCAGUCGUGUCGAUCAGUAAGGUCAGGGCACAAACAACAUCUGCAACAACAACAACCGUAUCAACAGCAGAAUCCACCACAUUGCCAGCCACAUCAACCACACCAGUAGAAACUACAACAACAACACCUGAACCAACAACAACAACAGAAUCCACCACAUUGCCAGCCACAUCAACCACACCAGAAACUACAACAACAACACCUGAACCAACAACAACAACAGAAUCCACCACAUUGCCAGCCACAUCAACCACACCAGAAACUACAACAACAACACCUGAACCAACAACAACAACAACAGGCAUUACAACAGCACCUGGACCAACAACACUGUCAGAAACAACCAUGUCAGCCAGCACAGUCUCAACAACCAUUGCAACAAAAAGUCCAUGGACAGCACCGGCAAUAUUUUAUCCAUUUGGUGCAGCGGCAGGAGACACUGAAAUUCUUGAAUUUGGUGGUGAUACCUCUCAAGGGUUGCCUUCUCCACUCCAUUUACAUACUUUAAUCGCACUUACAGCAGCAUAUAUGUUAAUAAUAACGGACUGCUUACAUUCAACCAACCUUUACCAGAAGCUCAUCCUCCUUACCAAUUUCCCACAUAUGGAAAUGAAGAUUACAUUGCUCCGCUCUGGACUGAACUUGAUGACGUUGGUAUAGGCAUAUACUCGUAUCAGCAGUACACCAAUGGAAGUGUUCUUACUCGCGCCACUCAGGAUAUAAACCAGUAUUUCCCUGGAAAAGGCUUCACUGCUUCUUGGGUCUUUGUUGCAACGUGGGACUAUGUGCAAACAUGGGAUAUGAAUGCAUUUAAUCGUCGUGAA